AUGGUGAAGACGCGAAUCGAAGUCGAGCGAUUCGACGGAUCUGGGGAUUUCAUGUUGUGGAAGAUUAGGAUGCUUACGCACCUAGGUUACCUGGGACUGAAGGAGAUCUUGAAAGAUGACAAACUUCUGAAGGAUCCACCUAAGAUCGAGAAGAAAGAAGAUGUUGAUCCAGUGAUCACGGAAUCUCCCAAGGAGAGCUCUGCGAUUCAAGAUCCGGAGAAGAUAGUGAAAUCUGAGAAAGCGAUGAAUCUAAUCGUGCUGAAUUUGAAGUUUUACAAUUUCAAGAUGGUGGAUUCAGUUUCGAUUGACGCAAAUAUUGAUGAAUUCUUGAAGCUUGUAUCUGAUCUGAGUAGUGUUGGAGUCACUGUGACAGAUGAAGUGCAGGCGAUCUUACUACUAUGCUCUCUUCCAUCUCGAUACAAUCAGCUGAAGGAGACUCUGAAGUACGCAAAAGACACUAUCACACUGGAUGCAGUGAUUGCUGCAGCCCGUGAUAAGGAGAGAGAACUCAAAGAUGGUGGUUGGAAUGGUAAAGAGACAGGUGAAGGAUUGGUCAUGAAAGAUCAUCAUCAAGGGAGAGGCAGGACUGAAUGGAGAGGAGACUCUAGGAAGAAUGGUCGGAGCAGGUCAAAUUCGAAGUCGCGAAUGUUGUGUUAA